UUUUUAUUUUUUAUUUUUUUCCUCUUCGCGAGGGAGCAGAGACUCUCACUGAUUAUUCUUUGUUCUGAAGAACCAACCAACAAACAACUUCAAUGGCGGGGGGUCAAUUGGAGAGAGAAGACAAAGUUUCGUUAGAACUCACAGAAGAAAUCCUUCAGAGCAUGGAAGUUGGGAUGGCCUUCCGUGAUUACAAUGGUAGAAUUAGUUCGAUGGAUUUCCAUAAGACAUCUAGUUAUUUGGUAACUGCUAGUGAUGAUGAAUCCAUUCGCCUUUAUGAUGUCUCCACUGCAACAUGUUUGAAGACGAUCAACAGUAAAAAAUACGGUGUUGAUCUAGUUUGCUUUACUUCUCAUCCUACAACUGUUAUCUACUCGUCGAAGAAUGGCUGGGAUGAAUCACUGCGGCUUCUCUCGUUGCACGAUAACAAAUACUUGAGAUACUUCAAGGGUCAUCAUGACAGAGUUGUCUCCCUUAGCCUGUGCUCUAGAAAAGAUUGUUUUAUUUCUGGAUCUCUUGAUCGAACGGUUUUGCUUUGGGAUCAAAGAGCCGAGAAAUGUCAGGGGCUUCUGCGUGUUCAGGGGAGACCAGCUGCUGCUUAUGAUGAUCAGGGAGUUGCUUUUGCCAUUGCUUUUGGAGGAUACGUAAGAAUGUUUGAUGCUCGCAAAUACGAAAAGGGCCCUUUUGACAUAUUUUCUCUCGGGGGAGAUAUUUCGGAAGCUAAUGUUGUGAAGUUCAGCAACGACGGGAAACUUAUGCUUUUGACAACGUCAAAUGGACAUAUUCACGUGCUUGAUUCCUUCCGUGGCACCCUUUUGUCAACGUAUAACGUGAAGCCAGGUUCAAGCAAUUCUACUUUGGAGGCGUCUUUCAGCCCCGAUGGAAUGUUUGUCAUAUCAGGUUCUGGAGAUGGUAGUGUUUAUGCUUGGAGUGUUCGCAGUGGCAAAGAGGUUGCCAGCUGGAUGAGUACUGAAGCUGAACCUCCAGUAAUUGAAUGGGCUCCUGGAAGCUUAAUGUUUGUGACGGGUUCUUCCGAGUUAUCGUUUUGGGUUCCGGACUUGUCUAAAUUAGCAGCGUAUGUUGGACGGAAGUAAGAAUAUUCACAGAUGGAGAGAUGACUUACAUGUAAGAAUAAUCGUAACAGUUUGACGUGACUUAGAUAUUUAAUCUCUCGUGUGUGCUUCUCAUCUUGGAGUCGACUAUAUGAGUUACAAUGGAUGCUGACGAAGCAAAAGAUCGAUUUAGAGUGUCCACGGAUGAGGUAUGCAUGUGUAACUUUUUUUCAUGACCAAAAAUCUCUUCUUGGUAGUGUAUCUGUGUAGUUAUUAUAGUUUCUUAGUGGGUGUUAAGUGGCGAUUGUUUGUGUUUUAAACUUCUUUUUACCUGGAAUACGGAGUUUAAAAUGAAGUAUUGAUGUUAGAUUAUUACAGUGUUUCUGUAAAAAAAAAAAAAAAAGCACACACAGAACUAUGAUGUGUUUGUUUAUGUUAUAAGAUGUUUUAGA